CUCGACGGCGAUCACUUCCGCCCAGGGGUCCGGAAUACCCGAGGCCCUUUGGCGGCGAACAGGAAAGGUACUUCCGGUGUUUGUUGCUAAGGCGCCGGCUUGGUGGGCCUGAAGGGGAGACGGUGUUGGCGUCCUCCUCUCGAAGGGGGUCGAAAUGUCGGGGCUCAGCUGCGAAGAGAUGGAGGGCUGUCGUAACCUGCUCGACCUGCUGGACAACGACGAGAUCUUGGCUCUAUGCGACACUGUCACCAACCGCCUGGUGCACCCUGAGGACCGCCAAGAUGCCAUUCAUGCAAUAUUAGUGUACAGCCAAAGUGUAGAAGAACUUUUGAGACGCAAAAAAGUCCACCGAGAAGUCAUAUUUAAGUACUUGGCAUCGCAGGGAGUUAUUAUACCUCCAAAUACUGAAAAACACAAUCUUAUUCAGCAUGCAAAGGAAUACUGGACAAAGCAGUUGAAAUUGAAGGAAGUACCAGAGCCAGUUAAGACACAGGACCUUAGGGUCUUUCAGCAGCAGCAUGAGAAAGAAGAUAAAAAAGCUGAAAAAGUUGAUUUUCGUCAAUUGGGAGAAGAAUUUUGUCACUGGUUCUUUGAACUUCUUAAUUCCCAGAAUCCUUUUCUGGGAUCACCUCAAGAUGAAUGGGGGCCACAGCACUUCUGGCAUGAUGUCAAGCUUAGGUUUUAUUACAGUACAUCUGAACAAAAUGUGAUAGACUACCAUGGAGCAGAAAUUGUGAGCCUUCGUCUGCUGUCACUGGUGAAAGAAGAAUAUCUUUUUCUCAGUCCCAAUCUAGAUUCCCACGGACUGAAAUGUGCUGCUUCUCCCCAUGGUCUAGUUAUGGUUGGAGUUGCUGGGACUGUCCACCGAGGGAACACUUGUCUUGGCAUUUUUGAACAAAUCUUUGGACUCAUCCGCUGCCCUUUUGUGGAGAAUACUUGGAAAAUUAAAUUUAUCAACCUGAGAAUUAUUGGAGAGAGUUCCCUUGCUCCUGGAACAUUAAUGAAACCAACUAUUACAUUUGAACCAAGUGAUUUAGAGGCCUUUUAUAAUGUUACCACCUUAUGUGGUACCAACGAAGUACAACUUAGUGUAAGGCAGGCAUUGGAUAGUGGAACUGGAGACCAAACUUUGUGUAGUGGAAAUGAGGCAUUGCUGAACAAGAGAGAACUGACUUUACCUAAUCCUCUAAAGCAUUGAGCACUAUAUGUCUGUCUAAAAAACCUAUACAGAAAUUCUUCCGAAUACUACAUCAGAAAUGUCUAAGUGAUUUCAGAUGCAAGGAUUGAUAUAUUUUAGUUGAAACAUCUUUCCUGACUACAGACUAGCAUUACAUGAAUACUUGCUUCUUUCUACCUGAGUUGCAGCAAAUGAUCUGAGAGCUUAAUGCAGUUCAUCAAAUAAAUACCGCUUUAGGUGGUCUAACUAACGGUGUGCCUUAGAAACCAGGUAAUAUUUUCAUUUUACUUAGUCAAGGUGUGCUAAUAUCUGUACUUUUUAUGUGGGAAAGAAUAGUGUUCAAGGCUUUCCCCUUUCAAGUUUCUCAUUUACUUUUAUCUAAAUCAGGAUAAUUUUACAAAGGUGUCUCAUGACAAUAUUGUUUAAAAACAUAUUUUAGAGGUGUUUAAUGAAAACUCAAAGUUCUUAUUUUAGAAACUUGAAUGACAUUCUUAUGCAAAAAGUCCAAUAAUUUAGCAGGUGGAGAAAAAUUUACUUUGCCUUUUGAAGUUUGAGGAGUAUUUUUUCAGUCACGUACUGUAGGCCAAUCUAAAUAUAUAAUCUGCAAUGUUUUCUGGACUACUUUGAGCAAUGAUAAGUGCUGUUCUCCAACCUUAUUCUUACCUAAGUGUUCAGCUAACAGUUCUAUAGAGCAAUUAUUGUAACAGCAGAUAAAGGAAGCAUACUGUUGAAAUUUUUUAAAAGGUGUGCCCAGUUUCUAGCUCUUAAAUGAAUCCGUUUUUCCUCUUGAUUGAUCUUGGAAGAGGUGACCAAAAUAACCACAAAUUAUAAUAUGGGCAUACAUAUAUAUAUACACAUGUUUAUAGACAGACUCCUACAUCAUAAAAUUAUUAGGAUUUUUCACCUCUAAUUUGUUUUACAAGGUUUGAAUUAACACCAAGUUAAGUUGCCAGAUAAUACAUACUUGCCUUAAAGUGUGUGAGAUUCCUCAUCAUCCAGCAGCUACUUGCUGAUCCUCGAUCUAGGUGGUAAUUUUAAUUUAUAAAAUGCAGUUUGGAACAAAUUCAGUUGGGAAAUGUUUUGAUGAGGCACUGUAUCUGUUAUGUUUUUACCUUUAACACUGCUUGUGAUCAUCCACUGUGACUGAUAGGAAGUUUGGAAGCAAGAGGAAAAAAAUUCAUCUUUUUUAUUCUUUCAAUGUCAUGCCUCUUAUGAGGAGUACAAAUUGAUGUUCUAAAAUAAGAACUUAAUAAAGGAGGGAAAUCCCUUUUGUCUGUCUUAACAAUAGUGUAUUGUUUAGACUUAAAGCCAGUAUAUCUUUUUCUUAAUUUUCAAGUAUCCUUAUGACAUGUACUUGAUUAAUAUCCUAAGUAAAGGGUAAAAUGAAAAACUAUUCACAUCUGGUUUUUUGUGCUGUUGGUGUCAAGUACUGCAGAAAUACUAAUACAGAUGCUCAGGAUGGGUAGAAAUUGCCAAUGGUUACCUUCAAUACUGGAUGUUUGAAUUUGUGUAAUGCUCAAAUGCUCUCAUGUUCUUUUACUCACCUUUACAAAUUUGAAGUCUUCCUGAUAGACUUAAUCUCUUUUGAAGAUUAGAGCUAUGUUUUAUUUCUUGUGAAUCCCCAUAGCUUGGGCACACAGUAGGACCUCAUGUUUAACUUGAAUGGGUCGAAGAAUGAGCAGAAACAGGUUACAUACUGUAUACAAGAAUUUUGUGUAUCUAGAUUAUAUCUUUGGUUCUAUCAGUGGUUUUUUGAUCCUAUCAAAAAAUGUCUGAAUUCACAUGUGGACACCCACAAACUUUCAGGCCCCAAACUAACUGAGCAUUUGGGGGAAAUUGUAACUUACCUUUGAAAUUUAGUUAAUUUAAAAAGCCCAAGGUCAUAGUGUGAUAUACUAGAGGGCCCCAUUACUAACUAGAAACCAUUAUAGGGGAAGUAUAUAUACUUACUACUUCAGAGAAAAGAAGAUCUGAAGGAAGUGAAAUUUACUCAGGAAGCUUAAAGGUUGGUCAGGCCUUUGAGAAGAUCCAGAAACACAGUGCAGAUUGAACUCUAUUUUUACUACACCAGUUGCUCUGUUUAUGUGAGGAAUGUCAAACAUCCCAGCUUUAUGUUUCUUUUGUUUCAUUACAUUUAGCUGGUAUUUGGAAAGUCUGUGGAGUCAAGUAGUAAAAAAUGCAACACUCUACACAUAAUUCAAAUACCUUUAAACAAUGUGGAAGUUAGGGGCACUGACCUCUGUUGAAAAUCCACAUAUAAUUUUUGAUACCUAAAAACCUAACUACUAAUAGACUACUGUUGACCAGAAGCCUUACUGAUAAACAUAAACAUUCAGUUAACAUUUUGCACGUGUAUCAUACACUGUGUCCUCACAAAAAAGCAAGUUAGAGAAAAGAAAAUGUUCACAUUGUCACAGAACUUCAAAAAGUCGUGAAAAAAGUCCACAUGUAAGUGGACCCACAUAGUUCAAACCUGUGUCUUUCUAGGGUCAAUUUUAAUUGGUUCAUGAAACCCGGUGACUACCUGGGCUUUAUUUGCUCUAGGCUGAUUUGUUAUAGCCUAGUAAUGGUACACAUCAAGUAUCCUUUUUUGUUAAAAAAUCUUAAAGUAAUGGUUAUAUUGUGAUAUUUUGUUAGUAUCUAGAAUGCCAAAAAUAUUUCAUGUGUUUUAUUAACUAAGAUACCAAGUAACAGAAAAAAAUACCAUCUCUGUUUAGUCAACUUAUAAAUGGCAAACUCAGUCAAGAAAAUACUCCUGGGUUUUCACAAAGUAACAUUUUUAUACUAAAGGAAGGCUGAAUACCUAGUCCCAGUAAGAAAUUUUAGUAACACCAGAAAGUGAUUAAAAGAAUAGGGUUUAAUGUUUAAAAAGGUAAUCAGAAACACUGUGUUUUAACAAAAGAGCUCUUAUGUCUAAAUAGAUCAUAAAACAAACAAAAACCAUACUUUAACAAUUUUUCUUAGUAUCUCUUUUCCCAAAUUUAAAUGUACUUUUAUUCACUGAUUCUUAAUUUAGGUUUUGGGGGCUGAUCAUCAACCUUUUGAAAAUUGAGAACUAUGUUCUUUCUCCCAGAAAAAGUAUGUUUGCAUAAAAUAUUACAAAUUUUGUAUGUUUCAGUGAAUUGAUGGACUUCCCUAAAGCACAUUUGUGAGUCCUUAUGAUCCAGUUAAAAUCCUGCUCUAAUAGUUUUAUUUCCCCAUACUACUACUCUUUUAUACCAAAAUUCCUAAGGUAGAGCACUAAAUCUGUAUGAAUGAAAGGGUAAUCUCUAGGAACUCUGUAAAUAUGAAGAAAAAAUAUUCUUAAGACUUCUACAAGAACUUUAUCCUUAGAUGAUGUUUAGUAAUGAUUGUAUAUUGCUAAUUCUGAUGAAGUAUUUUAAAGAUAGGACCAUUUCCUCUGAAGAGUCUAUAUGGAUAUUGUCACUUUACACCACUCCUCUUACCUCCUUUAAGCCUGUUUAUUACCACUGUAUACAGUGAGUUUGAGUACAGAUAUUAUAGUUGCCAUGCUGGGAAAUGACUCUGUGGAUCUGGGUUCUUUGCUUCAAGUUUAUUUGGCAUAUAUUUGAGAAUCUCAGUUUGUAAGUCAAUCAAGUGCAAGAUAAGAUAAUGCAUCGAUAGGUUAUUUCCAUAAACUUACAUUGAAUUCAAAUCUUACUGUCUGGAUUUAGAGGUGAGAACUACUUUACACCCUUUGCAGAGGAAUUCAGUUAUAUCUUUUAUAUGGUCAGAAAAAAAAACACUUCAUUGAAAUUUUAAAAAGCUAUAUGGCUCUAGCUAAGCCAUAUUAAUUUUAUCAAUGCAGAAUAUGGAAUAGUUUGAUAAGCCACUGUAGAGUUAGAAGGAAAAUCCUUCAGAGUGCAUUAAAUCCUCUUAGCUUUAUUUUUUCUAGUUUGAACCUUUCCAGUAAUCUUUCAGCUAAGUGUUAAUACUAAAGUGUGCUAUUUACCAUGAGUUAUAAUGUACCCUAAAGUAGUCAACUAGAAAUUCUACAAUUACUUAGUCAUGAAAUGUUAAUAGAAUCACUAGCCUAGAAUUUGGUCCUCCUAAUUUCUAUUCCCAGUACUGCCAAAUUUAUUUCCUUUAUUUACUGAGUUGUUUACUGAGGGUUCUUUGGUUAGCACUUUUCAGGUACCCUAAAUCUCAAGUAUAAAAUUAGUUACAUUUGAAUUAAUUAAUUUAAGAACUGAAGGAAUCCCCUACUGCUCACUGCCAGCUGUUACUUGUCUGAUUUUGAUGUUUGCCUGAACAAAAAAACAGUUACUUAGGAAAACCUUUUUCCUUGAAGCACUUAGUUUAAUAAGUUUGCAUUAAUCUUUCAUAUUUUACUUUACUAAUAUCAUAGUUCUCAGAUUGUUACAUGUAAGUCACUUUUACCUCCCUAAAUUGAUAAAUUCCUGGAACUGGUGAUUCUAUUUUUUUUCAGUCUUCUUCCCCCUUAUGCCCCGCACAAGAUAAAUAGUAGCUAAAUUUUGAGUGCUUAUUAUAUGCCAGUUGCUUUUGUGUGUAUGUUGCAUGUAUUAACUCAUUCAGUCCUGUGGACCACUAAUGAGAUUGAUAACAUCCCUCUUUUACAAGACAAAGGGUUGAGUAACUUCCCAAGCUUUCAGACUUAAUGGAAGAGCCUAGAUUGAAACUGAGAACCUUGUAACCAACCACUCCAUAUUGCCUCCUAAAUAUAGUAGGUUUUUGAUGGAUCCUUUUGACUGAUUAUCUGCAGUAUGUAUAUGUAAUGUAUACUGUAUACUCUUAAAAAAAUUACACCUCUUAAGUUAUUCAUGUAGUAAUUUAAAACCACUUGGAGAAAACAUGCAGAAUGUUCAAUUAUGGUAUUACUUGUGAAAAAUAAUAAUCAGGUAAUAUAACUAUUUAAAACUUAACCUCAAAUUUCUUGAACUCACUGUCCCACCAAGAUCUCUAAUCCUCUUCUCUUUCUGUUUAUGACACCAUGUGCCUUUAAUCUCAUAAUAGUCUUUGUUUCACACACUGAGUAUCUUACCACACACCCACAUGUAGCAUAUCAGUAUUGUUUUCUGUUUCAGUUGCUGCUGUAAUUGGACUCUUUACCUAAACCUUGACUUAUUUUAGUAAUUUAUUUCUUUGCUUUACUAUUUUUUAUGUAUUUGUAACAGAUUAAAAUUUCCUUAAAAUGUA